GGAAGCGUUUUGGCCCUCGCGCCGCGCCGUAGACUGGCGUCUUGUCUGUGCGCCGUAACUGGGAGGGGCACAGGGAUGUCGCUGCUGCGGUCGCUGCGCUUCUUCCCGGUCGCGUGUACCGGCCGCUCGGCAAGGGCUGUCCUGCUCCAGCCGUCCCAGCCAUGGCACACGCUUCACGCGGGCCCCUCGUUGUCGUCUUCUGCCUCCAGCAAGGAGCUCCUCAUGAAGCUGCGGCGGACAACAGGCUACUCCUUUGUCAACUGCAAGAAGGCUCUGGAGACUUGUGGCGGGGAUCUCAAGCAGGCAGAGGCCUGGCUGCACAAACAGGCCCAGAAGGAAGGAUGGAGCAAAGCCGCCAAGCUCCAUGGGAGAAAGACUAAAGAAGGCUUGAUUGGCCUGCUGCAGGAGGAAAACACAGCUGUUUUAGUAGAGGUAAACUGCGAGACAGAUUUCGUCUCCAGAAAUGUAAAAUUUCAACAGUUGGUCCAGCAAGUAGCCCUGGGAACCAUGGCACACUGUCAGAACCUGACGGAUCAGCUCUCCACGUACAGUAAGGGCUUCCUCAACUCCUCUGAGCUUUCUGAACUUGCAGCUGGGCCCGACGGGGAAGGGUCUCUCAAGGACCAGUUGGCCUUAGCGAUUGGGACACUGGGAGAAAACAUGAGUCUUAAGCGAGCUGCCUGGGUGAAGGUGCCCUCUGGGUUCUAUGUCGGCUCUUAUGUGCACGGAGAGAUGCAGAGCCCCUCCCUCCAGAACCUGGUGCUGGGGAAGUACGGGGCCCUGGUCAUCUGCCAGACUCCUGAGCAGAUCACAAACCUGGAGGAGGUUGGCCGCCGCUUGGGACAGCAUGUGGUGGGCAUGGCCCCUCUCUCAGUGGGCUCCCUGGAUGAUGAGCCUGGAGGGGAGACAGAGACCCGGAUGCUGCCCCAGCCAUAUCUCCUGGAUCCUUCCAUCACACUGGGGCAGUAUGUGCAGCCCCAGGGCGUGACCGUAGUCGACUUUGUGCGCUUCGAAUGUGGAGAAGGAGUCUUCUGAGAGCUCGGAACUGCACUAAGUGCUUCACACACCUCACCAUAAAGCCCGGAGGUUGCUUUGCCUGGCUUCUCCCUCCAGCCUGUAAACACUGAAGGCUCAUUAGCAUGGAGGGAAAUGGCAUACUCGGGAAGACAUCUCGUUCACCUGCUGCCUAAAAGGCCAUAGUCUCUAGAAUCUGCUGUCAUGCUCACAUAAGGGCAGGAACUAUGCUAUGCUUUGUUUUCCAAAAUAAGGUGAGAAAAUUCCCAGGGUGCUGAGAGGAAAUUUUUGUUUGGUUUGGCUCGAAUUUUUCUAUCCUCUCUAUUUGGUGGGUGUGGGAACACCUGUGCCAGAGUGUAGGCGUGGAGGUCAGAGGGCAACUUGCAGGAUCCAUUCUUGCCUCACAUUGGGUGGGUCUUGGGGAUCAGACUCAGGUUGACAGUGUUGGUGGCAAACACCUUUACUCACUGGGCCGGCUUGCUGCCCACCCCCCUACCCCGCCCUUUUUUUUUUAGCUUUUUUGAGACAGGGGCCCUGGCUGGCCUCAAAUUUUGUUUGGAUCCUCCCGCCUGUCUGCUGGCUGCUUGGACUCCAUGCAUAUGUCAGUUUCCUGGCUCAGGUUGGUGAGGUGAGACAUCAGUCUCUGCUGACUGUGGCAUAAAGCAAGCUCUCUAGCAACCACCGACUCAGUGUGACUCAGUUGGUCUAGCACUUGCCUCUUCAUCCUGGGUGGGGAUGCCACAGAGAAACAAGCCCAAAUGUAGAGACCUUUUCCAGCAUCCUGCACUUUGUGGCUGUGUCUUACCUGGUCCCAGGUGUCCAGGAGCAUCACAUCACCUGGGCUCAGGUCAUCCUGGGUGAAGUCCGUGACCUCAGUAACAAGGAACCGGCCGGUCUUAUUAGAACAUUCAAAAAGCCGGACCUGGAUGUCCAGGGUUUCCUGCUGCAGCCUGCAGAACAGUCAAGUAGAAGGACAGAGCUGCAUACGAAUCGUGUGUGUGUGUGUGUGUGUGUGUGUGUGUGUCCAUAUGAGGACAGAAAUAGCUUUGGGUGUCGUCUUCCAUAGCUCUGCACUGUAGUAUUUUUGAGACAGGGUCUCCUAGGGCCUGGAUUGUCAGUUUGGCUAGACUGGCCGACCAGCAUGUCUGAGCGAUCAUGUUGUCCCCCGGUCCCCAGCACAGGAGUCACAGAUCUGGGCUGCAGUAGUUGGUUUCUGUCUGUUAGGGAUGGAGCCCAGGUCCUUGUGUUUGCACAAGGACUUUGUUGACUAAGCUGUGUCCCAAGCCCGGAAUGUUUAAAGCUUUGAGGGAUCUCAGGAUUUGUAUGGGCCACCAGCCAGGGGAGCCAAGAAGACAGAACUGACUGCUCACCUUUUGUCGUUAGCGUAGGGGGCUUUUCCUCCCAGAAGGUCCCAGAACUCAGGUGGCUCCUGGCCCUCAGCUACAGUGUCUGCGUCACCAUCACAGAGAAGCUCUGCCAGCUCCUUAGCCAUCGCCCGUUCGUCCCCACUUGACCCCUGAGGGGUGAGGAGAGCACGGGUGUCAGAGACACAGGGCACACUCACAGGGAUAGGGACGCCAGGCUUCUGAAACUGGGGGUGGUCAGCUCUGAGCUGCAGUGCCCCAGGAUGGGGAGAGUGAGGAAGACAGGACAUGCAAGCAAAGGGUUGCCCUGCUCUGAAUCCCACAGUGCUCCUAUGCAGACAUCACCUUUGUUUUAGCGUCGCUUGGAAUUUUAGCACACACUUUCCCAGUAAAUGCUCUGCCUCUGUGGCAAGCACCAUAUCCCAUAUCCCACGAGCCUGCCAUGAACUUUCAUUAUUGUUUUGUUUUUGUUUGUUUUUUGGAGAAAGGAUUUCUCUGUGAAGCACUGGCUGCCCUGGAACUUACGCUGGUCUCAAACUCAGAGAUCCCCCUGCCUCUGCCUCCUGAGUUCUACGAUUAAAGGCGUGUGCCACCACCACCCAGCUUCAUCCACAUUUUUUAAAUUACAGUAACAUUGACUCUGUUGGGAUCCAUAGGCUUAAACAGAUCUCUGUCCCCACAGUGCAAUUUCCUUAGUCCUCCCCCAAUUCCUACCCCUUUGAAGUCAAGCCCUGAGUCCUGCACUCUUGACAUAUGCUAAGCUGUGCUCCAUUAGAACAGUCCUGCUGUUUCUGUCUUAAGUGCAAGCAUGUAACAUCCAGCCUUGGAGAUGGAUUCUUUCACUUGACAGGAACUGGAGAUUCCGUACUGUGUGCAUGAGUGGCCCUUCAAUCUUUACUGUUGAGUAAUAUUCCAUUGAAUGGGUAUAUCCACGUUUAUCUAUUUUCCAGAUCGCUUCUAAUUUGAGGGGAUUGUGAAUGCAUGUGCAUAGCGGGUACAACUCUUUGUGUAAGGAGGUUUUUGUUCACUGGUGCUUUUUUUAAGAUUGAUUUUACUUGUGUGUUUUGUCCACAUGUAUGUGUAUGGGUAUGUGCCCUCAAGUGUGUGCAGUGCCCAUAGAGGUCAAAGGGGGUGCCAGAUACUGGAACAGGAUUUACAAAUGGUUGUGAGCCACCAUGUGGGAACCAAACCCAGGUCUUCUGCAGGAGGCAUCUCUGUUGAGCCAUCUCUCCAGCCCCUAAAGAGAUAGGAUUGUGUGUGUGUGUGUGUGUGUGUGUGUGUGUGUGUGUGUGUGUGUGUGUGUGUGUAUAGCUUCCACGUACAGCCUUUUGUGUUGCUGGGGUUGAAUUUGGGUGUACUACUCUUUACUGUCUUGCUGACAGGGCUGAGGGCAGAGCCAGGGCAGUCGUGACUAACUAGUAGACCCCAGCAGCCAUCCUACCUUGCCAUACCACAGGUAGUGCUCCGCCUGAGUCCAAAGCAGAAAGACAUCAUUAGAGUUGAGGGAGGAAGCGGAGGCCGAGACUUCCACUGCUUUGGUAUUGGAUUUGUCGUUCCCGUGGAUCUGGAAGAGUCUUACUGGAGGGUCAGGCUCCACAUUUCCCUUCCUGGAAGUCCCGCCCUGGAGAGGAGAAAAGCAGACCUCCAGAGCACUGCAUACCCUCUUUAUCCCUCAGGAUCCCCUAGGCUAACGGGAAGGGUCAGGGUGAGGACCAGUGUCUCCCACCACUCACUGACCUCAGAGUAAUUCUGAGGAACAGGUGUUAUUCCACUGUGCACACGAGGAAACUGAGGUUGGAAAAUUGUCUUACACAGGGCAAGAGAAAGACUUGACAUCAGGCUUGUGAGACUCCCCCAUACGUGAGUGUCUACGUUGCCUGCCGAGACUUCCACCAGGGCUCCGUGGAAGAGGCAGGCCUUAGACUAGGAGAGGGGCACACCUGGGCAGUGACUAAGGGUGCAGAGCAGUGUUAGACUGGGUAACAGGCCACUGCGGUGCAGGUCAUGUGGCACAGAAUGUGAAAGACCAUGGGCACCAGGUAGAUAGUGGCUUGAGAUUUCCCUGGAUGUCUCAGACAAAGCACCUCCUUCACCCUAAUGUCUAAACUAAGCCUUGUUCACACACCCCUCACCCGGACCGCAGCCUGUCUGGUAUCUCUUUAUUGGUUCCUUAGCUCUGAGCAUCCCUGUAUAGGAUGUUUUACUUGUAAGUCCUCACCUCAUAGAUAACCAGCUUCCCUUUGAAGAUGGCCAUGAAGUGGCGUGGCUCUUUCCCCAUGCUAACCCGGACUUGCACCGGGGCUCCACCAAACUGCUGAUCCACCUCCACCGCCUGGUAGGCCGAGGCUGCCAGCUCAUCCUGGGAAGCGUGGCGUCCCUGUGGUGGUGAGAGAGAAAGGAGUGAGCCCAGUGGCCGGAAGGAUCCAGUCCCGCGCACUGAGAGCUUGCAUCUGACCUACCUGCCAGAUAUACAAGAUGUAACAGGGUUUCCCGUUCACAUCAUACGUGUAGAGAACCAGAUAGCAGUCUCCCCCGUAGAAGAAGCCAUGCCACUGGUAUUCCACAGGGACCAGCUCCAGGUUCUCAAUUCUCCAGACCUGGGUACAAGAGAAGACACAGUCUCUCAGAGAAGAGCAUCCAGUUCAGGGAAUUCCACCGGAAGGGAACUGGGCAGUGUUGAACAGACUCCAAGUGGGAAAAAAGCACUAACAUCUAUCUCAAGUGCCCCUCCUGCCUGGGUCCUCUGUGCCUCAAAGGCCGUCACAUUUGCAAGACUUGAAUCCCAAGAACAGUCCCAGGUCACACAGCUCCUGUCAAGCAGCCGAGUUCUUCACAGACAGCUUGAACAUGUCUUCCAGGUGAUAGACCAUUGGGGAAAGCGUCUCUCACUUUCCUGAAGCAUUGUGGGUAAACAGCCAGCCCCACACCUCUUGGACAGUACGGAAAUGUGGAGUGGGGACAGAAGCAUACAGAAUGGGCUGCCUUCCUCUGCAGCAGGAAGAUCCCAGAGGCCCAGUGCGGCCCUCUCUGGGCUCACCUCAACCUUGCCGUUGCCGUCGUCCACCAUUCUUUCCUGAGCAGCCACUUCUGGCUUAGUGUGUAGCAGAGUCACGUCGAACUUGUCCUGGAAGAUUUUAGCUGCAGAGAAAGAGGUGGGGAAAGCCAAGUGAACACACACUCGAGCCUCUUUCUAGGAUCCCAGCAGAAGAAGACACAUGUGGCAAAAUCUCACCAAUUUUACCAAUGCUGAAUGUUUUCCCCAAGCCAGUGGUCUGGUCCUUCACCGACCAUUUCUGGAACAACUGUUUGAACAUGGCCGACUCUGCGCCAUCGUUGACGGUCUCUACGUUGGUGCUGCUGGGAUAACCCUUCAUCUUGAUGAAAUCCUGCAGUCCCCACCCCCACACAAAAGCAUGUCAGCCAGGGCACUUACUGGGUGUUCGCCCAUCUGGUACUUCACUGUCUGAAGUCAGGUGGUGGGAUGCUCUCCUCUCUGACCCUGGGGAUCAUAGCCUAUUCUGCCUCACGUCUGAGGUUCCAAGUGACUACCACCAAAAGACACGAACACUUCAGUAUCUCUUCAUUAGACGGCCACGACGAUGGCCAUUAUGGGUUGACUUCUGCGGGACCUACUGUGCGCCUCUACUGACUAUAUCAUAGUUAUUUGCUCACUUGUUCCUUGUAAACACACCAUGUGCUGGAUCUACAGAAGUUAGUAAAUGCCCCUUGAGGACCUGGCCCUAAUCUAGACAUGUGACACCCCCUUCGAUAACAACAGCACCUUCCAAGAGCAGGUUGUGUGCCGAGUAUGGUUCUGAGCACUUCAGGAAUCGGUUUCAUCUCACAGUGGUUCCGGGAGACAGGGACCAUCCCUGUUAGAUAUCGGGAGCUCAGGGUGCUUAGUGGCCUUGCCCAGAACACUCAGCUGGAAAAGGUAAAGCCUACACUCACAUUCUAGUCAGUCUGUCUACUUUGAAGUUCUUUAUGUCACUGUGCUCAAGUGCCUGGCGUGUUUGGGCACAGCUCUAUUGUGGUACUGACAGAUACUCAGUCAGCAUCGCACAUCUGCAGCUCCUACCAGGGCUUUGGACAUGGCCGCCUGUUUCUCCACCUUGGUGGCUCCUUUGCCUUUCCAUACGUAGAUCUUGGUGCCACUUUGGUCCAGGAUAUAGCAGUCCUGAAUCAGGCAGGGAGAAGUAUGGUCACUCAAAUUCAAGAUACAGAGGACUUGCCUUUGAAGUUACUUCUGGAUCCCUAAAGCAAAGCCCCUCCAGCCGACUUACAUCAUGGUUCAGUAGCUCCUGGACCAGGGGCCUUGUUGCCACUUCUGUGACCGACAGCUGCCCAGUUGUGUCGGAGACACUGGUGAAGAAGAGAGAUUAGCUUGUGCCUUCUCUUUGGGAAGUAUCCCAUGGCUAAAGUGAUGUUUCAGUGUGGCAUUUCUGGACAGAGUGGAUUUCCUGAGAUAGACACGGCUUGAAUACAGAGAGGGAGAUAUACUCUGUUUUCCAGAAGAGACUGUGAGCCUCUCUCCCAAACUAUCCCAUCCACAUCCCUAGGCAUGGAUACACCGGAAAGGUUACACGCGUAGGUCAGGAGACUUUUUAACAGGAACGGAGGAUAGCUGCCUCUCUGAGAGGGGCUGUUUCUGAGCUCCUUGUAGGAGAUACACUUAAAAAGGAUGAACUAAGAGCAAAGGCAGAUGCCUCUACCCAAGCCAAAUGCCUGCUGUUCUAGGGGACAUCUCUCCACAACCAACCUCCAGCCCACAGCCAAGCUAAAGCACUCACUGAUACAACAUGAUGGUUGACUUCUGCUGCUGAUCGGUGACCUCAUCAGGAACUGCGGGCUUGAUAAUGGAGCGUCGGCCAAGGGUAUUCUGGAGAACCGUCAUCAGUUCUGGGCUGGCUGCCUCUUUGUCUCCCUCAAUCACCCCGAUUUCAGCUCGGCCCCCUCGCUCCCUGUCCCGAAUGUCCUUUGCUAGAAGCAUAGCCUGCCAGAGAAGCCAAAGGAGGCCUUCAGCUCAGCCGGUGCCCUUUCCUUCCCAACGCCUUCUGUGGGAGCCACCAAGAUUGCGGACAAAUUACUCUGAGGUCGAGGAGUGAGACAUGCCCUUGGCCUGCCUGCAAGACAGUCUAGGCUAAGGCAGGAGUCCCCCUGGGCUCCCGAGGGUCAGCAAGCACAGAAGGCCAAGGAGAAAGCACCCAAGAGGGCAAGCCCAGCUUGACACCAGGCCUGGAGGAGAGGAGGAGGAGGAGGGGAGGAGGAAGAAGAGGAAGAGGAGGAAGAAGAGCUAGACCUUGAGGCGUUCCCCACUGUUGCUCUCCGGGCCAUUCCACUGGAUGAUGACCAUCCCGAGGUCCAGCAAGAAGACAUCACCUUGGUUAAAACUGUCCCAGCUCAUUUCCACCUGCAUGGGAGAGGCCAGAGCUGUUUGAGGUGGUCUUAGGGGCCAGGGCAGGAACACUGGGCCCAGACAGUCAUGUGUGGGACUUACCUCAGUGGCUCUGAUGUUUCUUUUCCCCUUCACAUGUAACAGCCUCUUCACAUCAUAGGUGUUGGUCUCCACAUGCUUCAUCCCAGAGGCCACACCCCCCUUUUUAUAGCUGCGGGGAUAUUGAUAGUUAUUUGUCCUGAGCCUGCUACAAGCUAGGUUCUGGGAAGACUGCUGAGAAUUAAUUAUAGUAGUAACAUAGAGACAUCAGCUUCUGUCCACGUCACUCAUAGUAAAUGAGCAACAUACACAGAAACUGCGCCUGCUGCCCCAAGGCUAGGUCUGUGACGAGUGGCCGGGUCAGGCUCUCCUGAAGGGACGUUUGAGCUGAGAUAUUAUGAUGAGAAGUCCCACAGACAAGAAAAGUAGUGCUGCAGGCAGAGGGAACCUCAUUGGUUGGGAUUAGAGGUGGCUGCCAUGGCCCUCAGGUUACGUGUCUACGCACUGAGCGCCUGCAUGUGACCUCCCAGGCCUCUCCCUGCCUCAGCUUGUUCUGGCAAUCUAAGGUCCCUCCUUCAUUCCAGUAAAGUGUGUCCUGUCACCCCUUCCACCACUUCCAUAAACAGAGGCUGUCAUUCUGUCGUAGA